UCCAGGUGUCUUUCAAGACUGUUGUCUUCGACGCCCGAUCACGCAGCCGCAUCAUGACAGAUGCACUUGAGGUCGCGAGUGCCGUCUUCGCUGUUUUCGUGUUGACCAUCCUCAUCCAUUGGAGGUUUCAUCCGUUAUACACUAUCCCGACGGUUGGGCCGUCGCUUCCCCUCCUCUCAUUCAUAGGUGCCUACAGGUACUGUACUAAUGCCCGGGAGGUCCUCCAAGAAGGUUACGCGAAGUACAAAGUCUUCAAGGUCGCUAUGCUCGACCAGUGGAUUGUGAUCGUCAGUGGCGCGGACAUGAACGAGGAACUGCGCAAGAUCCCGGACUCGCAUGCGACUUUCGAGAAGGCAGCUGAAGAUCUGAUUCAGAUACGAUACACUCUGUCAGAGAGUGUUGUUACUGGAUGCGUUUCCGUAAGGAUUUACGGACGUUUGAUUGACUCUAAUCGGCUUCAGGCGGAGCCUGAAUAUGGUUAAGAGCCUUCCUCCA